AUGGCGGACAACGGUCCGGCGAUGGCACUGGCAGAGGAUCCACCAUCUCUCGAGGAGCUGCUCUCGAAAAAGAAGGCUGCAGAAGCGGCCGAAGCUAAGCCAAAAUUCCUCUCAAAAGAAGAACGCGCCGCGCUCGCCAUCAAGCGGCGCGAGGAAGAGGUUGCGAAGCAAAAGGCGGCCCAGAAAGAGAUUGAAGACAAUCGGAAGCGAUUUAUGGAAGAGGCCAAGAAAAAUGAUCGCGAUAUUGACAGAAGGAGAAGACGUAGCAGAAGCAGAAGCCGUGAACGCAGAAGAUCUCGCUCUAGGAGCCGUGAUCGUCGAGUGAGAAGCCGUUCGCGCGAGCGUGACCGCGGUCGCGAUCAUCGCGGGGAUCGCCGGGACGACCGGCCCAAGGAGAAAGAACCCGAGAAGGACAGCGACAAAAUGAAAGAGGCCGUCAAAAACCGGUACCUGGGAAACGGCAAAGACAAGAAAAAGCGCAGCCGUCGCCUCCAUGAGCGCAAGUUUGUUUUUGACUGGGAUGUCGGCGAGGACACGAGCAACGACUAUAACAAGCUAUAUCAAAGCAAGCAUGAGGUUCAAUUUUUCGGACGCGGUGCGAUCGCUGGUGUGGACGUGAACGCUCAAAAGAAAUCGAGAUCUUCAUUCUACAAGGAGGUGGUAGAGAAGCGGCGCACGGAAGAGGAGAAGGAGCAAGAGGAAAAGAGGCUGGCAAACGAACAGAAGAGAGAAAAGCAGACCCGUUACGAUGAGCGCCACUGGAAGGACAAGCCGCUCGACGAAAUGACCGAUCGCGAUUGGCGCAUCUUCCGCGAAGAUUUCAACAUCACCAUCAAGGGUGGAAAAGUGCCGAAGCCACUGCGACGCUGGGAUGAAGCCGGAAUUCCCGACGAGAUUUACAAGGCUAUUCUGAAGGUUGGUUACAAAGACCCGACGCCCAUUCAACGGCAAGCCAUCCCUAUCGGCCUGCAGAACCGCGAUGUGAUCGGGGUUGCCGAGACGGGAUCCGGCAAAACCUGUGCUUUCCUUAUACCGCUAUUGUCGUGGAUUACAUGCUUGCCGAAAAUGGAGCGCCAGGAUCACAAGGACGAAGGGCCGUACGCCAUCAUUUUGGCUCCAACUCGUGAAUUGGCACAACAGAUUGAGGAGGAAACGAAAAAGUUUGGCGAGCUGCUCGGCAUCAACACUCUGGCCAUUAUCGGAGGUGCCAGUCGAGAAGAUCAGGGCAUGAAGCUGCGAAUGGGCGUGGAGGUGGUCAUCGCGACUCCCGGACGUUUGCUUGACGUGCUGGAGAACCGAUAUUUGAUGCUGAACCAGUGUUCGUAUGUGAUUCUCGACGAGGCUGACCGCAUGUUGGACAUGGGCUUCGAACCGGAAGUCCAAAAGGUUUUGGAAUACCUGCCCGUCUCCAAUGUGAAGCCGGACACUGAAGACACGGAGCAUGAGGAGACUUUGAUGAAGAAUUUCCAGUCGAGAGAGAAGUAUCGCCAGACGGUCAUGUUCACCGCCACGAUGAGCUCUGCCAUCGAACGGCUCGCCCGCGCUUAUCUGAGACGACCAGCCGUUGUACAUAUUGGCUCUGUCGGUCGCCCGACUGAACGCACCGAACAAGUCGUAUACAUGAUGUCCGAAGAGCAGAAGAGGAAGAAACUUGUUGAGAUUCUCUCCGACAUUCAACCGCCAAUCAUCAUCUUCGUCAACCAGAAGAAGGGCGCCGACCUGCUCGCCAAGGGGCUCACAAAGCUCGGCUUCGAGCCGGUGGUGCUACACGGAGGAAAGGGACAGGACGCUCGCGAGUAUGCGCUGCAGGCCCUCAAGGAAGGAUCGAAGAAUAUUUUGGUCGCUACAGAUGUUGCUGGUAGAGGUAUCGACAUCAAGGACGUGUCGCUGGUACUGAACUAUGACAUGGCAAAGACUAUCGAAGACUACACGCACAGAAUCGGGCGUACCGGUCGUGCCGGCAAGAAGGGUAAAGCCGUCACGUUCCUGACACCCGAGGACAAGGACGUCUAUUAUGAUCUCAAACAGUGUCUCGUCGAAUCGCCCGUAUCAACGUGCCCACCAGAACUGGCGAACCACCCGGACGCUAUGCAUAAGCCCGGAAGCUUUGUGGCGAAGAAGCGCAACGAGGAGACACUCUUUUUGAAA